AUUCUUGGAAGUGCUCCUAGUCAAAUAUAAACCAGGAACGCUAACUCCCUUGGAAAUCCACGGCAGAGCAUGGGCAGAAGAUCCACCUGUCCAAAAACCUGCUCCUUUACCAAGCCCGAGGAGCACUGCCAUUUGGGAACUGACAACGCCUGCUGUUUCAAAGCAGUAAGUCCGCCAGGUAGGGAAUGACGGAGUUCUCUCUAUUGGCCUCUGCUGGGCUGAGCAGCUCUUUGCCCACUGUCAGAAACACCAGAACCUUAACUUCUGCUGAAAGAAGGAAAACGUUCUCUCAGCCCAUACACGGAUGCUCCCAAAAAAGCAGAUGUCACGCAACCACGCUCCACGGCACAUCACUGGAUCUCAGCACAAUCUCAUGAUCCUUAGGAGCUUUCUACCUUCCACCACACCCUGUGUCGUGCUCGGCCCUGUUUGAUGCAGCAUUGCUGGGUGACCUUGCCUGAGGUUUACUGAGAACACUGUUAAGCCAUGAGAAAGUACACGAGCUAAAGGCAUGAAAGACAAGAAACUUAAGUCGCAGAAGCACUGCUGUUGGCUGGUGAGAGAUUCAAGGGAAAAGAUACAGGAGGAAAGAAAAGCAGAAAAUGUGAAGAUAACUCAGUAAUGCUGAGGAUCAGCCCACACCAACAAAAGACACAGACUGACUUUCCCCAGCAUACUGGAAACUUCCUCAGCUAAGACUCCUCAGUUUUCUUACAAGGAGUUGUUUCUGAGGAAAAAUGUGGCCGGAUUUUUGCAAGAAGUUUCUUUAAACCUUUCCUGUCCCUUCCUAAGUACUAUUGCAUGCCUAAAGAAGUUUGGGACAGUCCCGGUCAACCAGCCUGUCAGUCACACUUCUAUCUUUAAUACAGAGACGUAACAAUGUUUGCUUCGAAAGUGACAUAAAUCACAAGCCAUCCCUGUCAUGUGAAUGCAGACAUCACAGUUGGAAGAAAAAAGGGUGCCCCAAAUAAAGAAGUCUGCCACAGAUAUAUGAAUUAUAAUACUGUUGGAACUGAAAGACAACAAGAUUCCACCUUCUGGAGCACAGAUUUCAUGGAUUCCAAUUCCAGCACUGUGGUUGUAACUGGUUUUGGUCCCUUUAGACAAUACUUGGUUAAUCCUAGCUGGGAAGCAGUGAAGGAGCUGUCCAAGAGAGGCCUUGGCAAUAACAUAGAUCUCCGUAUCAUGCAGCUGCCGGUGGCUUACCGAAAAGCGAAGGAGCAAGUCUUCAAGAUAUGGACAACUCUUCAGCCACUGCUUACAGUUCACGUUGGGCUGGCUUCAGCCGCCAAAGGACUCAUCAUCCUUGAGCAGUGUGGGAAGAACAAAGGCUACCAAGAGAUGGAUGCUUGUGGUUUUCUCCCAGAAGGUGCCUGUUGCGUGCUAGAUGGCCCGGAAAAGAUUGAAUCUACAAUUAAUAUGAAGAUGCUCUGGAAAAGCAUUUCAGUGGAAGGGAUUGACAUCUUUUCCAGAGAUGCAGGAAGGUACGUCUGUGAUUACACCUACUACGCUUCUCUGUACUACGGCAAUGGAAGAGCAGCUUUUAUCCAUGUGCCUCCAUUAUCCCCAUCAGUAACAGCAGACUUUCUAGGAAAAGCAUUACAGAGCAUUAUCUUAGAAAUGCUGAAACAGUGUGGGGAGGGGACAGGGUAAGAUGGAUCACAGAAGAAAAAAGAGGAUUUCUCCAGGGAAACAAAAGCCCAUUCCUCAAGCAUCAUGUAAGAAGGACAACAGAGAAACCUAACAACACAGACAGCUGAUGAGGCUUUGCGCCACCAUAGUGCCUUAUUUUAACCAGAGGAACUGGGAACACCAAGUUAGUGCCAUUUGUUUUUGCCACUGCCUUUUCCAAUGACUGUUGCAGGAAACUGUUAAGCACGUGCUGCUGGAUGCCUCAUCUCUGGACUGCUGCAAGGGUAAACAAGCAGGUUUUCCUCAAAUAAAGAAGUAAGUAAAUAGAAAGGCUUGCCUUAUUCAAGGGAACUACCUACUGCAACCCAGUAGUCAAGGUCCCAUCAGAAAAGGGUCCACAAGCUCAGUGUCACUGGAAAAUACCUUUGAUUUCAAGAUUAUGGCAGCACUGACCUCUGCUAAGAUUUACUCAGAGGAGCACAGUUAAAUGCAGCCUACAAGGGCAGAGGGAGACCAGAGGUGUUUUGCUCUGAGUUUUCCAACCUGUACUCGCUUUGCGUAAGGAGCAACAAAUUCAGAAGCAGGCAAAUGCAUACAGAAUUCUUUUAUUUAACUUAAAUCAUGUAGUACUGAAACUACUAGAAAAAAGCAGAGUAAGAGAAACUAAAGGAGCCUUAGCUUCAGCCAUUCAAAAUAGACAAAGUUUCUUCUUUUCAUAAUGUAAAGAAUCCCGAGUAUAUCGCAAUAACAGGAAUAAAUUCUUACAACAGAAUAUACAAAAACA